UCUCACAGAAAGGCCAUUUUCAGCACAGAAUUGCAACCCUGGUUCAAAAUUAGAAUUGCUGCUCAGUGAGAAACAGCCUUUAUUAAAAAAACCAAAUAUGGCAUCUUCCAUGAGGAGUUUGUUUUCUGACCACAGCAGAUAUGUUGAAUCCUUUCGGAGGUUUCUCAACAAUUCCACGGAACACCAGUGCAUGCAGGAAUUCCUGGACGAGAAGCUGCCAGGCAUAAUAGCAAGGAUUGGAGACACAAAAUCAGAAAUUAAGAUUCUAAGCAUUGGCGGAGGUGCAGGUGAAAUUGAUCUUCAAAUUAUCUCCAAAGUGCAGGCUCAAUACCCAGGAGUUCAUAUCAGCAAUGAAGUUGUUGAACCAAGUGCUGAACAAAUCGCCAAGUACAAAGAGUUUGUAGCCAAGUCAUCAAACCUCGAGAACAUAAAGUUUGCUUGGCAUAAAGAGACAUCAUCUGAAUAUCAAAAUAGAAUGAUGGAGAAAAAAGAACUUCAGAAGUGGGACUUUAUUCAUAUGAUUCAGAUGCUGUACUAUGUGAAAGACAUCCCAGCUACGCUGAAAUUCUUCCAUAGUCUCUUAGCUACCAAUGCUAAGAUUCUUAUUAUUCUUGUGUCAGGAACCAGUGGCUGGGACAAGCUAUGGAAAAAGUACGGAUCCCGCUUACCCCGGGAUGACCUCUGCCAGUAUGUCACAUCGACCGAUCUCACUCAGAUGCUGGACAAGUUGGGGAUUAAGUAUGAGUGUUAUGACCUUCUGUCCACCAUGGACAUAUCUGACUGUUUUAUUGAUGGCAAUGAAAAUGGAGACUUGCUUUGGGAUUUUUUGACGGAAACAUGCAACUUUAAUGCAACAGCACCACCUGAUCUCAAAGCAGAAAUUAUGAAAGAUCUGCAAGAGCCUGAAUUCAGUGUAAAGAAAGACAGAAAGGUUCUUUUUAAUAAUAGUCUGAGUUUCAUAGUGGUUGAGGCAUAAAUAUCAAUCAUGAGAGUGUAUUCAAACAUUAUAUUUUGAACAAUAAUGAUUAUUUAUUUCUGUAUUAAAAUUACAAAUACAUCUUAUAAUAUAGAGUAUUGUCACUUACAUAUAAAAUCUAGAAAAUUCCAAGACAUUCUUGGACUUCGUGUGGAAUCAUAUAUGAUAUUGCUGGUCUUAUUUCAUCCCUUUUCCAGGUAAAGAGACCACAAGUAGGCUAAAUACCACAUACGCUGGAAAAACGACAACUAAUUUUCACUAGCUUAUUGACAAUAAAAUCCUUUCCAUUUGUUGAUUGUAUUGGAAUUUCCUAGACUACUAAUAAUGUAUGUACUAUGUAUUCUUUAAAUACUAGUAAAGUGUAUGUGCUUAUUGAUACUUUGAACACGAAGACAGUACAUGUUUAUUGAUUUUUACCCUGUUGUGAAGAAGUGUUUGUCUUUGUAUAUUUCUCUAUUGUAAUUUCUAUUUUUUUUUUUUGUUGAUUACUAAAAGUAAGCACUUUUAGGAUAUUACAAAAUUAACUCU